AUGCACAUGUCUAAGGUGCUGAUGGACGGGGGCAGUAGCCUCAACAUCCUGUACAUCGACACUCUUGAGGCCAUGGGGAUCCCGCAGGCCUGCCUGCGGGCCUCUCUCUUCCCCUUCUAUGCCAUCCUGCCGGGUAUGAAAGCAUACACACUCGGCAACCUCGACCUGCCGGUCACAUUCGGCAGCAGGACCAACUACCACACUGAGAGCCUCACUUUCGAGGUGGUAGAUUGGAAGGGGGCGUAUCACGCCAUUCUCGGGCGCCCCGCCUAUGCCAAGUUCAUGGCGGUGCCCAACUACACCUACCUCAAGUUCAAGCUGCCAGGGCCAAACGGUGUUAUCACCGUGAGCGGCUCCUUCGAGCAGGACUACGUCACCAGUCGUGAGCACUUCGAUCUCGCCACCACUGCUACGAACUCGGCGCAGCUCAGCCAGCUUUGCGCCACGACCGCCGAGUGUCGCCCCGACCCUGGCAAGCCUAGCCAGGCACCAACCUUCGUCUCGACCGAGGAGAACAAGUCGGUUGUGGUCGACGACGCCGACCCGUCCAAGAUGGUGCAAGUCGGCUCCCAGCUGUCGGCCAAAUAG